AUGGACAGAAGGUCAAAGAAGGGAUUCAGAGAUAUGGCCCAGUGUGUCGUAACUCAGUACAGCACACAGUGUUGUCCGGUGAAGAAUCGCUUCGUGAGUUGUGCGAAUGGCGCAACGACUCAAGGUGAAAAUAUCGCUGAUAUAGGA